AAUAAUAAAAAGCCUGCUCUCUAAAAUUAUAAAUAAAGGAGCCGUACUGAUACGCUAUCCGUUCUUAAAGAUACCUCAAGAUUUUCUUCACUGCACUGCACUGCACUGCCCGGCCCCAUUUCUUCUCUUCUUCUUCUUCUUCGUCUCGAACCAAAAAUUUCUUCCUUUCUACUUUCUGUAAGGAGAGGAAUCUUUAAGAGAAAGACAGAGUGUAUGUUUAGUACCCAACAAAACAAAACAAAAAUGCAGAGCUUCAAAGCUAACCCCCAACUCUAUUGCCACUCUUCCUACUUUCAUCGAGGAGAUGGAAGUGGGAGAGACCAGACGCACUUUACGGAUCUUGGAGAGCUUGAACAAUCCGCUGCUGCUUUUCAUCACCAUGAUGCUGUUGAUUUAAGCCCAACCUCAAUCUUCAAUGUAAAAUCGGUCAGUGUUGCUGGUGUUCCUAAUCACCUUCAAUAUGGAGCCUUGAACACGAGCAUUAGCUGUGUGGACACCGGGCAGCAAGUCGUGUACCAGAAGGGGAAUAUCACGACUGGUACAAAGCUGGGAAACGGGCACCAUAUCGAGAGCUGGGGUGAGUCAGGCAUGGCUGCAGACACUAGCCAACAAACUGACACCUCCACAGACGUUGACACCGAUGAUAAAAACCAAUUUCAUGGAGUUCAUAGUGGAGGACUUAUGGCUGUAGAUUCAAUGGAUCAAUCUAAGGCAAAAGCUGGUGAUCAAAAGACGCUUAGAAGGCUGGCUCAAAAUCGAGAAGCUGCAAGGAAGAGUCGAUUGAGAAAGAAGGCAUAUGUCCAGCAGCUAGAGAAUAGUCGACUCAAGCUUACACAGCUAGAGCAAGAGCUCCAACGAGCACGCCAACAGGGUAUUUUUAUUGCAAGUGGAUUUUCAGGGGAUCAUAGUCGGUCAAUUACUGGGAAUGGGGCCUUAGCCUUUGACAUGGACUAUGCACGCUGGCUUGAUGAGCAUCAAAGGCUGAUCAGUGAUCUAAGAUCAGCUGUGAACUCUCAUAUGGGUGAUAAUGAAUUGCAUCUUCUUGUUGAUGGUGUAAUGGCACAUCACGAUGAAAUUUUCAGGCUAAAGAGCAUUGGUGCAAAGGCCGAUGUAUUUCACAUGCUUUCUGGCAUGUGGAAAACGCCUGCAGAAAGGUGUUUCAUGUGGUUGGGAGGAUUCCGUUCAUCUGAACUUCUCAAGAUACUUGGGAGCCACCUUGAACCUUUAACAGAUCAACAGGUGAUGGGUAUAUGUAAUUUGCAGCAAUCCUCCCAACAGGCUGAAGAUGCCUUAUCUCAAGGGAUGGAAGCUUUGCAACAAUCUCUAGUAGAGACACUUUCUUCUGCCUCUUUGGGCCCGGCUGGUUCUGGAAAUGUUGCCGACUACAUGGGACAAAUGGCAAUUGCAAUGGGAAAGCUUGCAACCCUUGAGAAUUUCCUUCACCAAGCUGACCUUUUGAGACAGCAAACUCUGCAACAAAUGCAUCGAAUUUUGACCACUCGUCAAGCUGCUCGCGCACUUCUUGUUAUCAGUGAUUACAUAUCACGUCUCCGGGCACUCAGUUCAUUAUGGUUAGCACGCCCUAGGGAAUGACAUUAAAGAAAAUUGUUCCACAGAAUCAUGCCUUUGACUUCGCUUAGGCUUCUUACAUGAUUAGUCGGCCAUCUAUCCUCUGUUAGGGACCCUCCAGAAGUUCUGGGAGCAUGAAGAUGGAGAACGAUAAUGCGGACUGGGCCAUGAAAUUGCUUUCUAUUGUCUGCAUUUCUAGUAUGCCAUUGAUCAUAGAUAAGGUUCUGUUCUUGGCUCAUGGAGAUGUCUUAGUGGUGGAUCUCUUGAAUUUUGUAAUUAAGUCCUGUCAGGUUUGGAUGGAUUACUGAUUACCACCAAAUAAUGCUACAUUUUUCUUGUAUCCAAUGCACGUGGUCACCCAAGCAUUAUCUUUAGUUUA